AUGCUAAUAUAUUUUCAUAUGUAUUCUUUCAAUUGUCUUCAGAGCAUCCUGGCUUUAAAUCCUCGAAUACAGACUCAUGCAGCUCUGCGUUCCACUUCAGCCAAAAAGUUAGACAAGAAGCAUUGGAAAAGAAACCAUGAUAAGAACUGCUUUAAUUGUGAGAAGCUGGAGAAUAAUUUUGAUGACAUCAAGCACACGACUCUUGGUGAGCGAGGAGCUCUCCGAGAAGCAGUGAGAUGCCUCAAAUGUGCAGAUGCUCCCUGUCAGAAGAGCUGCCCAACUAAUCUGGAUAUCAAAUCAUUCAUCACAAGUAUUGCCAACAAGAACUACUAUGGAGCUGCUAAGAUGAUUUUUUCUGACAACCCACUUGGUCUGACUUGUGGAAUGGUAUGUCCAACCUCUGAUCUUUGUGUAGGAGGAUGCAAUUUAUAUGCUUCUGAAGAGGGACCAAUUAAUAUUGGAGGAUUGCAGCAGUUUGCUACUGAGGUGUUCAAAGCAAUGAAUAUCCCACAAAUCAGAAAUCCUUCUCUGCCUCCUCCAGAAAAAAUGCCUGAAGCCUAUUCUGCAAAGAUUGCUCUUUUUGGUGCUGGGCCUGCAAGUAUAAGUUGUGCUUCCUUUUUGGCUCGAUUAGGCUACUCUGACAUCACUAUAUUUGAAAAACAAGAAUAUGUUGGUGGAUUAAGUACUUCUGAAAUCCCUCAGUUCCGGUUGCCUUAUGAUGUUGUGAAUUUUGAGAUUGAGCUUAUGAAGGACCUUGGUGUAAAGAUAAUUUGUGGUAAAAGCCUUUCGGUGGAUGAAAUGACUCUUAGCACUUUGAAAGAAGGAGGCUACAAAGUUGCUUUCAUUGGAAUUGGUUUGCCAGAACCAAAUAAAGACCAUAUCUUCCAAGGCCUGACACAGGACCAGGGAUUUUACACGUCCAAAGACUUUUUGCCACUUGUAGCCAAAGCCAGUAAACCAGGAAUGUGUGCCUGUCACUCUCCAUUGCCAUCGAUACGGGGAGCCGUGAUUGUACUUGGAGCUGGAGACACUGCCUUUGACUGUGCAACAUCCGCUUUACGUUGUGGAGCCCGGCGCGUGUUCAUCAUCUUCAGAAAAGGCUUUGUUAAUAUAAGAGCUGUCCCAGAGGAGAUGGAGCUUGCUAAGGAAGAAAAGUGUGAAUUCAUGCCUUUUCUUUCCCCGCGGAAGGUUAUAGUAAAAGGUGGGAGAAUUGUUGCUAUGCAGUUUGUUCGGACAGAGCAAGAUGAAACUGGAACAUGGACUGAAGAUGAAGAUCAGAUAGUCCAACUUAAAGCUGAUGUGGUCAUCAGUGCCUUUGGUUCAGUGCUGAGUGAUCCUAAAGUAAAAGAAGCCUUGACUCCUAUCAAGUUUAACAGAUGGGGUCUCCCAGAAGUAGAUCCAGAAACUAUGCAAACCAGUGAACCAUGGGUAUUUGCAGGUGGUGAUGUGGUUGGUAUGGCUAAUACUACAGUGGAAUCAGUCAAUGAUGGAAAGCAGGCUUCUUGGCAUAUUCACAGAUAUAUACAAUCACAAUAUGGAGCUUCCAUUUCUGCCACGCCUGCACUGCCCCUCUUUUGCACUCCUAUUGACCUGGUGGACAUUAGUGUGGAAAUGGCUGGACUGAAGUUCACAAAUCCUUUUGGUCUUGCUAGUGCAACUCCAGCUACCAGUUCAUCAAUGAUUCGAAGAGCAUUUGAAGCUGGGUGGAGUUUCGCUCUGACCAAAACGUUUUCUCUUGAUAAGGACAUUGUGACAAAUGUUUCACCCAGAAUCAUCCGGGGGACCACAUCUGGCCCCCUGUAUGGCCCUGGACAAAGCUCCUUCCUGAAUAUUGAGCUCAUCAGUGAGAAAACAGCUGCAUAUUGGUGUCAAAGCGUCGCUGAACUAAAGGCUGACUUUUCAGACAAUAUUGUGAUUGCUAGCAUCAUGUGUAGUUACAACAAAAAUGACUGGAUGGAGCUCUCCCAAAUGGCUGAGGAUUCUGGAGCAGAUGCCCUGGAGUUAAAUUUAUCAUGUCCGCAUGGCAUGGGAGAAAGAGGAAUGGGCCUGGCCUGUGGGCAGGAUCCAGAACUGGUGCGGAACAUCUGUCGCUGGGUUAGACAAGCUGUUCGGGUUCCCUUUUUUGCCAAGUUGACCCCAAAUGUCACUGAUAUUGUAAGCAUCGCCAGAGCUGCAAAGGAAGGUGGUGCAGAUGGUGUUACAGCCACUAACACUGUCUCGGGUCUGAUGGGAUUAAAUGCUGAUGGCAUACCCUGGCCAGCAGUGGGUAUUGGAAAGCGGACCACAUAUGGUGGAGUAUCUGGGACAGCCAUCAGACCCAUUGCUUUGAGAGCUGUGACCUCCAUUGCUCGUGCUUUGCCUGGAUUUCCCAUUUUAGCCACUGGUGGAAUUGACUCAGCUGAAAGUGGUCUCCAGUUUCUCCACAGUGGUGCUUCAGUCCUACAGGUAUGCAGUGCAAUUCAGAAUCAGGAUUUCACUGUAAUCAAUGACUACUGCACUGGUCUCAAAGCCCUGCUUUAUCUGAAAAGCAUUGAAGAACUACAAAACUGGGAUGGACAGAGUCCAGCCACAGUGCGUCACCAGAAAGGCAAACCAGUUCCACGUAUUGCUGAACUUACUGGAAAGAAACUGCCAAGUUUUGGACCUUAUCUUGAGCAACGCAAGAAAAUCAUAGCGGAGCACAAGAUUAAACUAAAGGAGCAAAAUGCAGCUUUUUCACCAAUUGAGAGAAAAUAUUUUAUUCCCCAAAAGCCUAUUCCUACCAUCAAGGAUGUAAUUGGAAAAGCACUGAAGUACCUUGGAACAUUUGGUGAACUUAGCAUUGAAGAGCAAGUUGUGGCUAUGAUCGAUGAAGAAAUGUGUAUCAAUUGCGGUAAAUGCUACAUGACCUGCAAUGACUCUGGCUACCAGGCUAUAAAAUUUGAUCCAGAAACCCACCUGCCCACUGUUACUGACACUUGUACAGGCUGUACUCUGUGUCUCAGUGUCUGCCCUAUUAUCGACUGCAUCAAAAUGGUUUCCAGGACAACACCUUAUGAACCAAAGAGAGGCUUACCCUUAGCUGUGAAUCCGGUGUGUUAA